CAGGGGCACAUAUUACACGCUUGUCGAUUUCAAAGUUUUCCGUGAAACCGGCUGAAAUCAAUCCCUUACCCAAGAUUCAGUCAAAAGGCAAAAAAACAGAUCAAGUAACACAGCUCCUAGGUGGAAUAUUGGUGACCAGUUCACCGUACAAAACUGAGUUACAGGAACAACUGACCAAAAAACAAGCAAUACCAGGGACCUCAAAAAGUAAGACGAAAAAAAUUAUGCCUGAUAAAAAGAAAACUACAAAGAAAAAGUCUGGUAAAGAAAAUAAAGAAAAGAAGACACCUGUAAAAAAGAAGAUACCUGCUAAAGAAAAUGAAGAAAAGAAGAUUCCUGUAAAAAAGAAGACACCUGCUAAAGAAAAUGAAGAAAAGAAGAUACCUGUAAAAAAGAAAAUAACUGCUAAAGUAAAAGAAGAAAAGAAGAUACCUGUAAAAAAGAAGAUAACUGCUAAAGUAAAAGAAGAAAAGACGUUACGUGUAAAAAAGAAAAUAGCUGUAAAAGAAAAUGAAAAAAAGAAGAUAGCUGUAAAGAAAAAGAUUGAAAGUUCAUCUAGUGAGAGUGAUGAGGAUGAGCCUGUAAAAAAGAACAUACCUGUUAAAGAAAAUGAAAAAAAGAAGAUAGCUGUAAGGAAGAAGAUUUUACAAAGUUCAUCUAGUGAGAGUAACGAGGACGAGCCACCAUUAAUGAGCUCCGACGAAAGCGACACUGCUGAAGAUGAAGAGUGCAUUUAUUGCCUUAGUCAAUAUUCAAAUGACAUUGCUGGAGAAAAGUGGAUACAUUGUACUAAAUGUUUUCGGUGGUGUCAUGAGUUGUGUGCUGGUGUAGAGCCGCACACCAAAACAUUUUUUUGUGAUCUUUGCAAGGAUUAUGGAUAAGUUGUAAGAGUAAUAGUAUUAUCUUAAUAAAUAAUUUAAAUAAGAAGGAUUUAUUUCAUUUCACUAUUAGGGAUGAAUUCCCAUACUUGCGCGUACAUACCCAAUACACGGUGGGAAAGAGUAUCCCUACAGAUUUUAACCAACGAUUCUAGUGACUAUUUGGACAAAAAAAGUAAUAUAUACAUUGCUGGAUAAAGCCUAAUUUUUUAGAUAUUCAUUUAAAUCAGUAAUUCACGAGUUGAAAAAUCUCAAGGGUUACACGCUUUAAUAAUAAUAUCAGAUGUUUAUCUGAUGUUUGUUGUCUUGAGCUCUUAAUAAUCAACUGACAUCAUACGGUUUCGUUCACAAGGAAGUACUAUCGUUAAUUUUUUUUUCCAGAAAUUAAUUAAGUUAAUGAGGCAGUUUUGGACCCAUGUUAUAACAUUGUUUACUCGUAUUAGCACUAGGAAUCCAUAGUUAAAAAUCUGUCGGUAUACU